UCAACGACGUAAUAAAGACGUAACGAACGAACCGUGAAAUGUAACGUGACGUUUCAAUGUAUUUUACCGUUAUACGAUAAAAAUCCUUUUAAAACAAUUGUGAUUAUUAUAACGAUUUGAUUUCCUAACGUGAAAGUGUUUUCUUGUGGAUUAGCCCGUUGGGCUUUUUCAGCCCAAGAGACUGGAGAGAUGUCGAUUCGGGCGGCAACUUACCGUUUCCUACAAAAUGGUCGGGUCUUACUACGUACCCUCAGAAAUAAAGAAAAUUUAUAUUCUAACGAUAAUCCGAAGAAUUACCUCAACAAGAUACACGUUGUGCAAGUAGGCAAGUCCCAGGGCCAUCAGCCCCAAGGGAAUAGCACUAAUGUCUCUACAACAGGUAGACAUUUUGGGUUCUUGGGAUCUCAUGCAAGACGUUUAUUUGUUGAUAAUAUCUUAAAAAGAGUCACAAGUAGGCUUGCUGCUGAUUUACGAAAACGUGCAGCUAGACGUCUUGUAUUUGGUGAUUCUGCUCCAUUUUUUGCACUUGUUGGUACAUCAUUAGCAUCAGGAAGUGGAAUAUUAACGAAAGAUGAUGAAUUGGAAGGAGUUUGCUGGGAAAUUCGUGAAGCAAUAUCAAAAUUACAAUGGAACAUGCCCCAAAAUGAUAAAAAUUAUGAUGUAACUAAAACCAAUGAAGAUGGUGUAAGUUUAAAAGAUUUUGAAAUUGGUCCUAUCAUUGCUAAAGGUUGCUCUGCUGCUGUAUAUUCAGCAAGAUCUAAAGAAACUAUGCAUAUUGAAAACAUCAUUCAAUCAGAUACUUAUGGCAAGAAUAAAGAUGUACAUUUAUUUCCUUUGGCAUUAAAAAUGAUGUUCAAUUAUGAUGCAGAAUCUAAUGCAACAACAAUACUUAGAGCUAUGUAUCGUGAAACUAUUCCUGCUAGGAAUCGGCAUAACAACGAAGAAUUAGCAGAAUGGGAACAAAGGAUGGCUGAAAAUAUGUCUGUGUUGCCUCCUCAUCCUAAUAUUGUAGUAAUGUAUUAUGUAUUUACUGAUAGAGUCCCAGCUUUACCUGAGUCAUGGGUGAUAUAUCCUGAUGCUCUACCAGCAAGAAUUAAUCCUCAUGGAUCUGGCAGAAAUAUGAGCCUUUUUUUGUUGAUGAAAAGAUAUGAUACUACUUUGAAAGAAUACUUAUCUACACACAGUGUGAAUAUACGCGAAUCAAUAUUAUUACUAGCUCAGCUAUUGGAAGGAAUUGCUCAUAUAAAUGCUCAUGGCAUAGCACACAGAGACCUCAAGAGUGAUAAUAUACUACUUGAUUUAUCAGAAGAGACUGAUAAUUGCCCUUCUUUGGUGAUCACCGAUUUUGGCUGUUGUUUAGCUGACAAAACUUACAGUUUAUAUAUGCCUUAUAAUACUGACAACAUUGACAAAGGUGGCAAUAUAGCACUGAUGGCACCAGAGGUUAUAUCAGCAAAUCCGGGACCUUUCACAAGUAUAAAUUAUACUAAAGCAGAUCUUUGGACUGCUGGCACUAUAGCUUAUGAAAUUUUUGGUGAAAAGAAUCCAUUCCUUGAAAGUUCUGAUGAAAAGGCUGUACUUAAAAAUUAUACUUAUAAAGAGCAGCAUCUUCCUUCAUUUUCAAAUGAUGUUCCAAACAUUAUUGUUGCUUUGAUAAAGAAUAUGCUUUCGAGAAAUUUUUCUAAGAGACAUAAUGCAGAAAUGGCAGCAACAAUAAUGCAAUUGUAUUUAUGGGCACCUAGUUCAUGGUUUAGAACUGAAGGCAAAGUACCUUCUAGUAAUGAAAUCAUGGAGUGGCUAUUGUGUUUGACAACCAAAGUCCUUUGUGAAGGCCGCAAUAGUACACUGUUAUUAAGAAAAACACUAAAUGAUGAAAAUGAACAAAGUUCCUAUCGGCAAUUGUUAUCAACACGUUCAUGCGGGAGACGCACAAUGCCAGAAUAUCAAUUGAUCGCCAGUUUUCUCGGCAGAGUUACCCUCUCAAACGUUAGAAAUGCUUUACGAUGGAUACAAAAAAAUGUGUAAUAACUUUAUUGUUUUGGAACAAGCGAUAUAAAGUGAUAACAUUGCUGAAUUAUUUUUAUUCUUUAUAAAUUUAUAAAUCGCGAAUGUAUUGCAUAAAAAACUCUGUUUUAUUUAUAUAAUAUAAAACAGUUGUUAGUAAGGUCAAUAUUAAUAUCGAAACAUCAAUUAUGAAAAAUUUCUUAAUCUUCUAUUUUCACUGUUUUGCAAACAUAUUGUUGAUUUUUGUUUUUUUUAAAGUAUAUUUUUGAUACUUCAAAGAAAACAAAAAAAAGUUAAUGUGGCACUAUUACAUAUGUAAAAUAAAAAGUAGCAAUAAAAAUAAUAGAUUUUAAAUUUCUCUAACUUAUAAAUUAUGUAAUGUUAUUACACGUUUAUGAUCUACUUAAGGCUAUGAACUAAAAUGUUUUUAAAUCUUUGUUGAACAUUUUACAUUAAGGCUGUUCAUCAUUUUUCGCUCGAAGUGUAUGUGACUUUAGCGACAGGUAUGAACAAAAUAUGAACUACAAGCGUAAGCAGAAUUUGAUUGAAAAGAUUUUGAAAAUACGUUGAAAUAUGCAGCCAUUCGUUCGGUAAUACUCCAUAUAUUGCAAGUAAUACCGAUCCAGAUCUUACUACAUGGAGGUUGCAAGCUAUAAUUCCAUUUUAAAAUAGACGAUACCGGAGGUAUUUGCCACUUACCGAAAAUUCAGGUCCCAAUGCUAAUUGAAGAAAAGUAAAACCUAUGGAUAUCAGGAUGUCAUAACAACGGAAGCUUCAAUCACCAUUAUUCAAUACGAUCGGUCGUGCUUUCCAAAUUUCAAAUGAUAAAACGAGGUCUAUUGUAGAACUUAAUCGCCUCCGUGUGUGUUAAAAUUACAAUGAUUCUAUUUAAAAAUUCGCGUUCCCAUUUUAUCGAGAAUUCAGACUCUUAACACUGUUUGGAAGAUGGUCGCUUCAUGCACCAUUUUUUAACAAGAUAUUCUAUUCCAAAUUUUGAAUAAUAAGACUAGUCCCGAUGCGUGGGUGUUUUUCCUAUUUUGCCCAUUGCGAAGAAAAGAAGAGGAAAAAAGAAAAUAAGACAGAAACGGAAAUAAAAUAAAAGAAGAACAACCAAGAGAAACAAACCCGCCAAAAGGCCCACGCCCAAGAGCCCCACUCUUGGGUCCCACCCGAAAAAACUUCUGCUUAUUUAUGCAUAAACUUGAAAAAAAUACCUGUUUCUAAUACGAUUUUUUUCAAGUUAAAUAAAGUUUUUUCAAAAAUUCGAGAAAGUGAGGUCCUAGAUUAAACUUUCGUCUUUAAAAUAAGACCUUGUUUAUCAAAAUUAGUCAAGAAUUACGUCUAUUUUCAUUAUUGGCAUAAACCAUUAUAAAACCAGGAGUGAUGAAUAGCCUUAAAGCACAUAGAUCUUUUAAUCUUAUCUUUUGCAAUACUUAUCACCAAGUUAUUUCAUUUUUUAUUAAAAUGUACGUGAAUAAAGCAUAUUUUAAUAUCUUAAGGAAAUAUUGUUGUAAUAUUGAAUUUGACAGUUUUUUACGCAUUUGUAAAUUCUGCAAAAUUAAAAUGUUGUGAAUUACAAUUCAAUUUUUCAUCAAAUAAUUUAAUUUUGUUAAAAAAUAUAUUUGCAUCAAUCUUGUAUAAUAAUGUAAAAAAAAAGAAAAAGAAAAAAAAUAAAACUUGUAAAUAUCACAAGUGAA